UUUGCAAUUUGACCUUCCGUUUCGGAAAUUGGCCUUUGCCCGAUUAUUUAAACUUUUUAAAGUGCAUUGUCGAAUCUCUCGAAUGGAUUCUCCCAUCGUAAUAGUUGGAUUAUGACGCGUGAUUUUAGGGAGAAGGUUUGGCGUGGUCAACAGGUUUGAUGCACGCCAACUUGGCGAGGUCCGUUUUUGAGGAAAGAAGUGCUAUAGUUCUUCCUUUUUAAUAGGCCACAUGUACACAUGACAAACGUACGUCCGAUUAGAAGGAUAUUACGAAGAAAAAAGAUGCGGUUCGGAAAAUCAGAAAUGGCCUUCAGCUUAAGAUAGUGUUACAUGGUUUUUGAUUAAGGAUAAUAAUAUUUGAAGGAUUUUUGUGUAAGGUGUAUGAAAUUUGACCAUUGCUUCCAAGAUAAGGAUUCUAGUAUUAGGAUUUUUCUGUGAGAUAUAUGAACCUUUCUGCAAUUGAUUUCAAGGCAAUUGGUAUAGAAUAACAAGAAUUAUGUGUGCUGAAAAUGUAAUUGAUGAAUGUCUUUGCAAGAACUGAGUUAUCAUCUCAAAAAACAUUCGUCGAAAUUAUUGCUUUUUUUAUUUAAAUUGAUUUUAAAUUUUUAGAAAUUGAUAAAAAUUAGUGACAAAUUAAUGAAGUUACGAAUAUAUGAAUUUUAUAGGUGUCAUCUUUACAUGUUAAAAAUUAUUGAGAUUGUUACCAUUAUUUAGGCAUGCAGUAUUCAACUAAGCAAAUUCUUUUUAGAAGCUGGUCUGUGUAAAAUUAUAAUGAAAACCAGUGGCUAUAAUAUUUUUAAAUGGUAGCAAAGGCUGAUUACAUGAAAUAAAAAAAAAAUCUUUGAUAUUUAUUAAAGUUUAAUCCUGUUCGAAAAUCAAAUGUCAUUUGUAUAUGGUUUGACAAAAUGUAACUGAUCCAUGGUAAUCAAAUGAUUAUCACAAAUAGUAAGUAAUAAUCAAGGCAGUUACAUCUCAAAUUCACUGCGUUCCAUCCCAAAAUUCUAUUUGUGCCAUCAUGAAUUCCAUGAGAUUUCAAUGCCCUUUAGGAGCUCAUUUCAAGUACAAGAUAUCAAACUUUCCCAAAGAUGGUUGCCGAUAUUGGCUGCAACAAAACAACAUUCCUAACAUACAGGACUAAUUGUGCAAACAAUAAUGGGAAAGACUCGAUUGGUGCUCGGAUUCAAUCUUCUAGUCAUUUGUAUCUUUUUGCUGACAACUAAAGCAGUCAGUAACAGAGAGGACCUCAUUCAAGACUCGGUGCGAAGGUUAUUGGGAGUGAAACCUGGUUCCGAGAGAUCUGUUGUGCCUGGCAAAAAUACAACCUUGCCCCCUCAGUAUUUGAUGGAUUUAUACGAAAAAUACAGAUCAGGACAUACGCCCAUGCAAGGAAAUACAGUGAGGAGUAUCUUGCCCAUGAGAGAUCCCAUGGGCGAUGGAGAAGUGCUCAUUUUCAACUUGACCAGUAUCAACUCCAAUGAACAGAUCUUACAAAGCAAGCUCUAUCUUCUAAAAAGGAGAAAGGCCAAAUCUGGCAGAAAGAAAGACCUUUCCAAUUUCAGAAUUAAAAUUGGAACUCUACCUCAGAUGACGUCACAUCGCUAUAUUAACAUAUCUUUGACACAUCAGAAAUCCGAAUGGCACGCCUAUGAUAUAACAGAAUCUGUGGUGCUGUGUCGCCAGUCGAAAAAGCAAGACCAUCUACUAGGCGUCACACUCGAGGUCAAGCGUCCUAAAGGGUCAUACCGUCUGGUUCCUUUUAGACGAUUAUUAAAGCAUAAUUCCCAACCUUUUGUUUUGAUUUUCUCUGAAGAUAACACGAAUCAAACUCGUAGAUUACCAAAAACUAAAAGGAAGGGUUCAAAAAUCAGGAUCCAUGACUUAAUAAGUGCGAAAGUGGGUCCCGAAACACUGCCAAUUAGUGAUUAUUCUAGCGAGCAGGUUACUUCCAGCGAACUUAUAUUGAGAAGGAAGCGUUUCAUAUCCAAUACCUCAUAUGAAAAUCCAAAAACUAUUAAUUUUACAAAUCCUCAUCAUGAGAUUUAUGAUGUAAUAUUUGACAAUAUAAAUUCUUCCCAUGGUAUUUUUAAUCAUGAAAUUAAAAACUCUUUUCCAAACAGUACAAAAUGGAUUCCCUUGCAUGGCUAUCCUAAGUUCCUUUCUCACAAAUUAUUAACUAAUGAACUGGGAGAUUCAAUGUCUGAAAGACUUUUAAAUGCAAGUACUAAUGUGUUACCAAAAGUAUUAUUUAAGAAUAUAUACAGACUUCCAAAGCGCUUCAGCUAUAAUGGUACAAUGGAAUCGGGCAUUUAUAGGAAGCAUCGACUUAGGAAACGCAGUGUUUCCACCAGUUUGGGUUUGUCAGCAAUUUCACAUAAUUCUAAAGAGGAAGAUGCUGGAGCUAAUGCAUUUCAAAUCAUCAGUGAUAAGUAUGCACGGGGACUCAAUUCUGGUGUUUCAGCUUUGCCACGACGCCAAAAUCGGAGAAGGAACGGCAAAAAACGCAAGAAGAAGAGAAAGAAAGGUAAUCGUAAACUUCCUUUUUGGUGGACGAGACAUGACAAGAAUCUUCACUCCCAGGACUUUCACAAAAUGUGUCAGAAGAAGAGCUUAGUAGUGGACUUCGAAAAGCUAGGCUGGGGUGACUGGAUUAUGUCCCCAAAAUCCUUCAAUGCAUAUUAUUGUUCGGGGGGAUGCUCAUUCCCUAUCAUAAAGGACGCUAAUCCAUCCAACCAUGCUGCAAUCCAAAGUCUCGUCCAUGCCAUGCGGCUGGGUCCCAAUAUACCAGCCCCUUGCUGUGUUCCAUCAGAAACAAAACCCCUCACUUUAUUGUACUUUGAUGAACACAACAGUCUCGUCCUCAAGAACUAUCCAAAUAUGAUUGUGGAAAAAUGUGCAUGUAGGUAAAGGGCAAAAGACUGCAUUUAGUAUCAUUGUAUAUAUUUUGUUAGUAAACAUUAUUUCUUACCUGAUUGUACAAGUCUUAAAGAGCUUUCUCUGAAACAUUUGUAUUUCAUGCAGUGUAUUAAAUUUAUGUGUUGAUUUGUAUAAA